AAUUUUCUCGAGAUGAUGAAUGGAUUGGCUCAAGCGUCGGGUACAGUGUCUCAAGGUUGCACUUCGAAGUUCAUCAUGGAUGUGAGGCAGAUCCUCCCAGCAAUAGUCCUGAUCAUCAUUUUGAUCUUGGCCACUUCUUAUCCCGUCAAUGGCCAAGACUACACGUUAAGAGGAUCCAGAAGAAAUCCCAGACAAAUCUACUUGACCAAAAGUGAUUCUUCAAGUUCUUCAUUAAAUCCUUCGCAUCAACACAGUCUUUUGGACACAUUUUCAUUAUCUUUUGUGGGAAAUUUCAACUUUGCCAACACCUUGGAGGGCCUAAGCAAAAUCAUGGAGGGAAUUUCCAGCUUUAUUGAUCUUUCCAUCAUCCGAGCGACAGUGGACGUGGUUCUGGACAAAUUUAUGCCCGGAUCAUCCGAAGAUGCGAUGGAUCUCUCCAAUGAUAUUAGUGGACCAAUUCCUCGGCGAGACGUGGACGUAGAAGAGCUCUUGGAGAAAUCGCACAAGAAGGAAAUGCUCAAGCAAGAGAUCACCACUGUUGUGGGAGCAGCUUUACUUAAGCAGGAGUGCUAUCAACGAACAGCUUGCAUGAUUGGACAUCGUGCAAGUGGUUUCGCGGCCAAAGAUGUACUUUUUAUAAUGGCGGAGAAGAUUGUCCCGAGUUGGAAAUACACACUUGACUUGAUCAAGAAUGGAUCUCAGCGGGCCCUGGAUUGCGACACGUUCAUUUGCUCCACAGAGCGGAGGAGAGAAGGCGGCAAUACGCGUCACUGAUUCGUUGUUGGUUUUUCGAUUUGCCUUUGAUAAAGAAGAUAACUACCGUUCCAACAUUCCAGUUGGCCUUGAUAAACCCUCAUUCACCUGUUUAGUCACCUCGACAGUUUAUGCCUACUGCUCCGAUUGUCAAGAACCUCUAAGCCAACGAUGAUGACUUUAGGUCAGGGAAUAUUUCUAUCUACCCAUUUUUGCACUUACGUUACUUGCAAACCCAUCAGCCUUCAUUUUGUGGGCAAUAACCCCGGCACGAACAUGGUUGCACUGCAACAAUAAGGAUAUUAAAUACAGGAUAUGCACUUCCCUCGCUUA